CCUUUCCCGCUGCACUAUCUAAAACCCAAUUCACACCCAUCUUCCAGUUUUCUUUUCCCCUUCUUUCAAUAUCUUCUAUAUCUACCUCUGCAAUAAUGGACAGCAUAAACGACACUACAACACCCACCAACUAUGCCCUAAACGGCAAGAUAAUGCUCUGCUCAGUAAUUAUUCUCUUCAUCGUCGUUUGUUUUGUUGUUUUCUUCCAUAGCUACUCUCGCUGGUUCACCAACCACCCUAGAGGACGUCGUUCACGACGGCCCUCUCACCCCAAUACUAGUGCUACCAAUACCGCUGUGGUUUCAUCUCAAGGUUUGGACCUCUCUAUCCUCAAAACUCUCCCCACCUUCGUUUACUCCUCCUCCUCCUCCGCCCACCACGGCGCCGCCGUGCAAGAAUGCGCCGUGUGCUUAUCCGAGUUCGAAGACAACGACCGAGGCCGCGCCUUGCCCAAAUGCAACCACGCCUUUCACGUCGAGUGUAUCGACCUUUGGUUCGGCUCCCACUCCAACUGCCCUCUUUGCCGGGCCCCGGUCCUAUCCGAUACUCCGACCAAUAACCCUGGAACUUCGGCAGAAAUCGUGAUAACUAUAAGUGAAAUGGCAAUACAGUCGGAUUCAGAGUCGAGAGUGGACGUUUCUGAUGAUAGGUUUGGAGCGGAGAUGAGUUGCUCGGAAUCUUCUCCGGUGGGUGGUUUAAGGCCGGAGUGGUGUCGGGGAAAUAAACCGGUUGAUCUUGUGAGUUUGGGUAUGGAGGAGUCUGGAAGAGAGAUGGCUUCAACGGGUUCGCCCGAAAGGAGUCGGGCCAAGUCACCGGGUAAUCGGGUUAUGUCGUUGAAGAGGAUUUGGAGCGUGUGAAGAAGAAGAAGAAAUUGCGGUGAAAAACGAAGCAAGUGACGUCUUACAUGAGCUCAUUGCAAGUGCAAUCUAGACAACAUAGUCAUUCUUCAUGGGCUCCCUCUCACUCCAGACAAACUACAUUUCAUCUGUAUAUGUGGCCUUUAACUGCGUAUUUUGAUUUUUUUAAUGAGUAUUUAAUUAAUAUAAUUUGAUAUAUAUUCGCAAUUAAAA